AUGUCUACGGACAUCACGAACAAGCAGCACAAGGGCUCAAAGAACUCAACCAACGCGAAACCAAAGCGGCCGCCUCUAACACACUUCCUCUGUCUGCCUCUCGUCAAUUCUGUCUCCCUUCCUCAAUUAGAGUCUUCAUUAUCCUCAUUCAAAGCCUCGAUCCCACCAAUUUCAUUCUCGAUCUUGGAAAAAGGGCAAGAAGACGAGCAGCGACAGGCGCAUCGCCCACUUAUCCCGGACGAUGCUAUACGCCCUGUGGGUACGCUCCAUCUUACUCUCGGGGUCAUGAGUUUACCUAACCCGCAGCGCCUUGACGAAGCGCUGCGGUUCUUCUACUCUCUGGAUCUAGUCGCCUUGAUGCGCAAGGCGGAGGAAAGUGCUGCGCGGCAGCGAUCGCGGUCCAAGACUGGAAAGAGAGAGUCCCUAGCAAUGGAGAAUACUCAGAACGCUGGACAAGAGAAAGGGGUAACAGCCGAUACUAGCCUAUUAACAAGUCAAUCCCCCAGACCUGUCUUGACAGACGAACACUCUCAAGUCAAAUCCGCCGCACCCGAACCGUUCAAUAUUUCAUUGGAAUCCAUGCAUGCUCUCCCACGUGCUCGCUCUGCGACCGUUCUGCAUGCUGCGCCGGUUGACCCCACAUCUCGUCUCUACCUGUUCUGCGAGGCAUUACGCGACAAAUUUUUGGAAGCUGGAUUCCUGCAGGGAGAGUACAAAGCCGAGCCCAGAAGGACGCACAAGCGAAAGACCAGACCACAGAGAGAUCAUGAAAAUCAGGAUCAAAGUCAACAAGUCCAGGAUCACCCGAACACCUUGUCUACAACAAUAACGGAGCAUAAAAGCGAGACAAAGUUCAAACCCCGUCCGCUCCUCUUACACGUUACAAUUGUUAACACCAUCUACAUCCGGGGAAGGAAGAAGAAUCCAGGCAAUAGCCAUGUCGCGGGAAAGAAGGAUGCCCACAGUAAUCGGUAUACAUUCGAUGCGCGGGACAUCCUCUCACAUUAUAGAAACUUCUAUCUAGAUAGUGACAGGACGAUUCCGCGGUCAAGUGGUGGAAUCAUUGCUCAGUUCAAGUCCCGCGGUGAUACGGAGACUAUUUGUGACAAUAGAGAUGACAUCCCAGCCGGAGAUCACUCAGAUGCGAAUGCACCAAAGGACGAUGAGGAAACUCAGCUGACUCUGAGUGAAGGACAGAACACAGGCUAUCCGUUCAUCUGGGCGAGGAACUUCCCUAUUGAAGGUAUUUGCAUUUGCGAAAUGGGCGCAAAGAAACUUGACCCAGCGGCCGAUCAGAGUGGGAUGAACGCUAGGCUAGGGGAGAAGUAUAAAGUUGUGGCGGAGAGAAGCUUACAUUUCCGAACAAUCGAGCAGGGAACCGUAGGGGACCCGACGCCGGUCGCUGGCCGGGUAUUUAUAUAGCAGCGUUGUUGGU